AUGAGAUCCCCGCACCGGCCCUCAACAUUUCGUCGCUUCAUUGUGGCGGCUCUCUUGUUGACGCUGACCAUCGAGCUCCUGCCAGAAUCGAUUACGAGAGCAUUCUGGGUUGGGCACUUGACUGGCGCAACAUCAUGGGGACGAAAGCAUGACAUCAACAAGCACCCCAUCGACGCUCAGAUCCAGACCGCUGAGAACGAAUCCGCAGCCAAGCUGUCCAAGUCGACGCGAACACUCGCAGCCGCCGCCGCCGCCUACCGAAAGCGCCGAGGCCGACACCCCCCACCAGGGUUCGACAAAUGGUACGAGUUUGCCACGGAACGAGACGCCAUCAUCGUCGAGGAUUUCUGGGACCAGAUAUAUCAGGACCUAGAACCGUUUUGGGGCGUCCAGCCCGCCAAGAUCCGCAAGGAUGCGCGCGACUUUGACAUGCGAAUUCAGAUUCGCAAUGGCAAGGCGUCGACAAGUAGCGACUGGUUCUGGACCCAGAUUUGGCUCGAUAUGAUUCAGACCAUUGAGCACCUGCUACCGGAUAUGGAUCUUGCUUUGAACCCUAUGGACGAGCCACGUGUGAUGGUGCCAUGGGAGGAAAUAGAUGUACAUAUGAAGAAGGCGGCUAAGACGAGGAGGAUCGUUGAUGUUGAGAGCGUGGUAUCUAGCUUCAGUACACUACCAUUAAGCGAGGAAGCACCCCAGGAUCACAGCGAUAUACCACCUGUGCAGUGGGAGCAUGAUAAGCACUACUGGCUAAUCGCGCGCCGCGGGUGCCCGCCUAAUAGCCCGGCCCGCCAGGCUCAAGUUAUUACUGACUUCGAUAAGCCGCCUUAUAUCGCCAGCCCCUUUAGCCUAAGCCUUACGCACAUGGAAGACGGCUAUGUCGCCAACUACACACUCAGCACCGACUUUUGCCACCAGCCAGACCUGCAAGCGCUCGAAGGCUUCUUCGUCGAGCCCAUCAGUGUCUCGGCAACCAAGUCACUAAUCCCCGUCUUCGGCGGCUCGAAGCUCUCCCGCAACAACGACAUCCUCCUCCCAGCGCCCAUAUACUGGAGCGAAGAAGAGCGCUUCUUCGGCGCCGAAGGCGCCUCCAUUCCCUGGGCCUCCAAACACAAGCACCCGUCAGCCAUCUGGCGCGGCGUGGCCACGGGCGGCCGCAACCGCGAGACCAACUGGCGCGCCUUCCAGCGCCACCGCUUCGUCGCCAUGAACAACGCUACCAUCCUCGCCGCCCAAGAAGCCAAACCCCCGCCGCCCAACUUCGCCCUCCCAGACAGACGCUACGCCCUCCCCACCGACGACCUCGCCGGCUGGAUUGCCGACGCCACCGACGUCGCCUUCACGGAACUGGCCUGCUCCCACGAGGGUUUCUCCCCCUCGUGCAACUACACGGCGCUGUACUUUUCCCCGGCGCAGGGCGUGCCGAUGGCCGCGCAGUUUCAGCACAAGUACCUGCCCGACAUUGACGGCAACUCGUUUAGCGGGCGAUACCUUGGUUUUCUAAGAUCGACCAGCGUGCCGGUCAAGGCCACGCUGUUCCGGGAAUGGCAUGAUGCGAGGCUGGUCGCUUGGAAGCACUUCGUGCCGAUGGAUACACGGUUUGGGGACUGGUGGGGUAUUCUGGGGUAUUUUCUCGGCGGGGAGGGGAGGGAUAGGAUAGGCGAGGGAAUUGCGUUGGCGGGGAGGGAGUGGGCGGGACGGGUGCUGAGGAAGGAGGAUAUGGCUAUUUAUGUGCUGAGGUUGUUGUUGGAGUAUGGAAGGGUUAUCGAUGAAAGGAGGGAGGUGUUGGGGUGGGUGGGGGAUCUGAGGUAG